AGGAUGCAGAGCGGCUUCAGCGCUUAGACUUCAACAGGGAAAGGCACGCAGUGCGCCGCAAAUCAUGAACGACGCGAAUAAAAUGCAACAAAUGCAACUGUGUUAAACAAAUGACCCAGGUUAGGUGCUCACUCCCGAAAACCCCUUUAAUCAGAAGGAGCGUGUUCCCCAAGCUACGAGUGGUGGAGUCGGGUGGCUGGCGGUUGGGAGAACGCAUGCGCGGCAGCCGCCGCCGCCGCCGCGGGUUUCGUUCUCGGUUCCGGGGGGUUGAAGGGAUGAGCAGAAGGUCCCGGGUGGCUUUCGCCGCUCUUCGGUUGUUGGCCAGUCACCAGCGGCUUGAGGUCUCGCUGCCCUGGGUGAGCUGCCGGCGGAAUGUGGCCUCGAUGAACGUGUUCGACCGAAGAAUGAAGCGGCGACAGAAGAACUGGGCAGUAUCAAUGGACGAAAACAAGCAGUGUGAUUACCUGAGAGAAGAGGUUGGAAGCAGAAUUGUGGACAGAGUUUUGGAUAUUGUGAGAACUUUCCCAGUUGCACUGGAUAUUGGAUGUGGUAAAGGCUAUAUAGCAGGAUAUCUAACCAAGGACACAGUUCACAAACUCUAUCAGAUGGACACCGCAGAGAAUGCUUUGAAAUGUCCAGUUGAGACUGAAAUUCCCACUUAUCGUGUCAUAGCAGAUGAAGAGUUCCUUCCCUUUCAAGAAAAUACAUUUGAUCUCAUUCUUAGCAGCUUAAGCUUGCAUUGGGUGAAUGAUCUCCCAGGAGCUUUCAAACAGAUUCAUUUUUCCUUGAAACCAGAUGGUGUUUUCAUUGGUGCCAUGAUGGGAGGGGAAACUUUGUAUGAACUUCGUUGUUCUCUACAACUAGCAGAACUGGAACGUGAAGGAGGAUUUGCACCUCAUGUAUCACCAUUUACUGCUGUGACAGACCUCGGGAAUCUCUUGGAACAAGCAGGAUUUAAUAUGCUAACUGUGGACAUUGAUGAAAUCCAGGUCAACUAUCCAGGAAUAUUUGAAUUAAUGGAAGACUUGCAAGGUAUGGGAGAGAGCAAUUGUGCCUGGUCCAGGAAACCCAUGUUGCACCGGGACACGAUGCUGGCAGCUGCAGCAGUCUACAAAGAGAUGUAUGGCAAUGAUGAUGGGUCUGUGCCAGCAACAUUUCAGAUUCUUUAUAUGAUUGGUUGGAAACCCCAUGAGUCUCAGGCUAAGCCAGCAAGGAGAGGUUCAGCUACAUUAUCAAUGGGUGAUAUAGGAAAACUGUCUGAAAUAAUGAAAAAGAAUAAAAAGUUUUAAAAUUGUGGUAGAAAUAAUAUCUAUCAUUUCAGAAAAUCUGCCAGUCAGGCACUGAUAAUAUGGCACACUUACUUUUACUAUUGGAUGUUAAUUGUAUAAAUGUAAACAGUAAAAUUGUCAUUUUCAAAUUGGA